AUGGUGAAGCCUGGGGAGGGUACGGGAGAAGAGGAACAUGCCUUCGAGCCAUUCCAGGGGGCCACUGUUUUCUCCAAGUUGGACCUGCGGAACGCCUACCAUCUGGUGUGGAUACGGGAAGGGGAUGAGUGGAAGACUGCCUUCAACAUGGCCAGCAGUCACUACGAAUAUCAGGUCCUCCAGCGCCUCCUGGAGAACCAGCUUUUUGUGAAAGCGGAAAAGUGCAAAUUCCAUCGAUCCACCAUCCCCUUCCUUGGUUACAUCAUCGCUGCGGGGAAUGUACAGAUGGAUCCCAGAAAGCUGCAUCCCUGCGCCGCCUUCUCCCAUCGUCUUAACGCCACAGAGAGGAAUUACGAUGUGGGGAAUCGUGAGCUUCUAGCGGUAAUGAUCGCAUUGGAGGAAUGGAGGCACUGGUUGGAGGCGUUCCCAGCCGAACCCCGGGGGUCUUUACCACCGAUGUGCUCGGGACCCACCGAGAUCAGAGACACAUUUAAGUACAUCAACACGGUAGUAUCAUGUCUCGUGUUUGUUGUCGGUAUUAUCGGGAACUCCACGCUCCUCAGAAUCAUUUACCGGAACAAGUGCAUGCGCAACGGGCCCAAUAUUCUCAUAGGCAGCCUGGCGCUGGGAGACCUGCUGCACAUAGUGAUUGAUAUUCCCAUUAACGUGUACAAGCUCCUAGCGGAGGACUGGCCAUUUGGUGUGGCUCUGUGUAAACUGGUGCCUUUUGUCCAGAAAGCUUCAGUGGGCAUUACUGUGCUGAGCCUGUGUGCUCUGAGCAUCGACAGGUACCGAGCAGUAGCGUCGUGGAACCGUAUCAAGGGGAUCGGUGUUCCCAAGUGGACGGCUAUAGAGAUCGCAUUCAUCUGGCUGCUGUCCAUCCUGCUGGCUGUCCCUGAAGCUAUAGCCUUCGACAUGAUCGCCAUGGACUACAAAGGAGAGCACCUCCGCAUCUGUCUGCUACACCCCAUGCAGAAUUCAGACUUUAUGAGGUUCUAUAAGUCAGCUAAGGACUGGUGGCUGUUCAGUGUGUAUUUCUGCCUGCCUCUGGCCGUUACCGCCGUCUUCUACACCCUGAUGACUUGUGAGAUGCUGAGGAAGAAGAACGGAGUCCAGAUCGCCCUGAGUGACCAUCUCAAACAGAGGCGUGAGGUGGCUAAGACAGUGUUCUGCCUGGUGUUGGUGUUUGCCCUCUGCUGGUUGCCUCUCCAUCUCAGCCGCAUCCUCAAGCUCACCAUCUAUGAUGAGAAAGACCCUAACCGCUGUGAACUGCUCAGUUUCUUCUUGGUUCUGGACUACAUCGGGAUCAACAUGGCGUCUCUUAACUCCUGCAUCAACCCCAUCGCUCUCUACAUGGUCAGCAAGCGUUUCAAGAUCUGCUUCAGGUCAUGUCUGUGUUGCUGGUGUCUGCCAGCUGAGAUGUUGAUGGAUGAGAAACAGUCCUGUAUGAAGCUCAAAGUCUCAGACCGGGCCUCUGACCAGAGCAACUCACGCGCUACUAACAAGUACACUUCAGCAUGAGAGGGGCCCUGCGCAGUGCAGAGAAGUACUCAACGAAGUAACCUAUGAUCUACCUUAAAGGACUAAUUGAAGAUCAGUCAUAUAACCUGAUUCUGACUUAAACCAUUAUGACAAGGUUAUAUGAAGUGCCCUUAUUCAGGUAUAGUUGAUGUAGUUUUAAACCACUUGGAGAAAAUAAGUGCCCUAAUUCAGUAAAGUCUCCUCUGACUGGAGGGUGAAGUACUCAAGUACACUUUGAGUGUU